AUGGCUAAACUUUCAAAGUGGCUCAAGAAAAACCUCAAAGGCAACAUUAAAGACACCUUAAAAGCAACAAUCGAAAGUUUACUUCAGUUGGACCCUCCCAUAAAUAGAAAGUCUGCCAUAAAAGAAUGCACACAGUUAAACAUAUGGCUUAAUAUCUUCGAGAAAGAGAAGGAAAACAAAAGAAUGUUAAAGGUCAUUGACGAAAAUGACCGUGCUGUUUUUAAAAAAGCGAGAUUUUUCUCAAGUGUUGUCAAUGUCUCUUACGGUACGGGCUCCACCUCUGUAAAUGUUCGGAAAGGAAAUGCAUCAAUUAAUAGUUUAAAGGAACGCGAAUUUGGAAAAGAGUUACAAGAAAAAGUUACAAACGAACAAGAAAUAGAAAAGGUACAAGAGACGAAAAGCCAAGUUCAUCGAUCAUCAUCUCCGCCAAUCCCACAAAGAUUCUCAUUCUCAGCAUCGGAGCAAGGUUCAUACGUUGAACCAAUACUUCAACAUGUUGAAAGAGCUCUUUUUAAUUUUAUUACAAAAUAUGAAAAAUACAUCCCUUCCAAAACCGUAAAAGACUUUGUUAUGAAAUGUAAUCCUCCGCGACAGAUCGAUUUUUCCGAUGCUGAUUUAUUAUGUCUUUUAAAUUUCAUAUUACAAACUAUUUUCUUGUUCACAACUCGCCAAUCUGAUCAAACACUAUUUUGUGGUCAAUAUAAAUUAAAUCCGUCUGAUUUAUUAAUGUCCUUUAAAGUUGAAGCGAGGAAUUACAAUGCACAUGCAAUUACCCAAUCAAGCGGAAGAUGGAACGAUGAAAAGCUACAGAGGUUAUCAACACUAGCAUUGGAAGUGGUUAUAUGUUUGGGAGGUCAAGAUGAAUAUGAACAAUUGGUAGAAAUAAAACGAAAAUUGGAUUUUGAAAUUAUGGAGAGAUUGAUCUCAACAGCGAAUGGGACACAUGAGGAUAAUGAAGUUGAUCAUCAGAUUAAAAAAAGAAAGUUAAGAGAUUUGGAACUUGAAGAAGAUAAAUGUCAGCUUGAAGAAUUGACAGAUUUUGCCUUAGAUAUAAUUGGUAAAUUGGAAUCUUCGAACAAAGAGCAGUUAAACCGCAUUGUACAAAUGGCAAUAUCCAAGAAUGAAUUGUUAUUAAAUAUAUGGAAAAGUAUAGAUGUAAAAAAAGAUGAGGAUACUAAAAUAGAAAAGUUUGUUAAGCUAAUGAAUAUGCAAUUUGAAAUGUGUGAACUCGAGUUCACAGGCAACGACCCUAGCAUCGCCCGUAAAAAAUGGUAG